ACAACAUCUUACGCAAGGAUAGUUUAGACUUAUUCGGAACAAUCGAUUUUGUGAUAUUUUUAUGGGUCCAAUUAUUUUUCAAAACUAUUAUUAUAUUCCCAUAUAAAAGAAAUUAAUAUAUUAUCUCCCAAUCACAAAAUUUCAAAAAAGCACCAAAUACCAUUUAUUUAUAUUCAACAACUCGUUUCCAUUCGUUCUUCGAUUCUUUUGCAAAUUCAAAGGAGGAUCUCGCUUGCGUUUUCUCUUGGUUUUUGCUAUGGCUUCAAAGCGGAUCUUGAAAGAACUCAAGGAUUUGCAGAAGGAUCCUCCAACUUCAUGCAGUGCUGGUCCUGUUGCCGAAGAUAUGUUUCAUUGGCAAGCAACAAUUAUGGGUCCUCCAGACAGCCCUUACUCUGGAGGUGUUUUCCUAGUUACUAUUCAUUUCCCUCCAGAUUAUCCCUUUAAGCCUCCCAAGGUUGCAUUCAGGACAAAGGUAUUUCACCCAAACAUUAAUAGCAACGGAAGCAUUUGCCUUGAUAUACUAAAGGAGCAGUGGAGCCCUGCUCUAACCAUUUCCAAGGUGUUGCUCUCUAUCUGCUCCCUGUUGACAGACCCAAAUCCCGAUGAUCCUUUGGUUCCUGAAAUUGCUCACAUGUACAAGACAGACAAGAACAAGUAUGAAUCAACUGCAAGAAGCUGGACCCAGAAAUAUGCCAUGGGCUAACGAUUAACCAAAUGGUAUGUGGAGGGAGAGCCAUUUUUACUUAAAAUGUCUAGGCCUAACAGCCUUUGUAUGAAAAAUUGUUGUCUUCAAUUAAGGUCCCCUCCAUUUAAGAAUGAAUUGGGGAAAAUUUCUCAUGUUGUUUGUAUUAUGCAAAAGGCAAAGUGCUACUUUCAAAACAACGAAAUGUAACCCAAUUAAAAGUUUGUUCAAUGUGUUAACCUAUGUAUUAAUAGUUUCAUGAUACACGUAAGAGAUUGUUUGGCUUGUUUUA